CAGCAGCCGCCGCCUCAGCAGCCGCCGCCGCCGCCGCCAUGGACUCGGACGAGGGCUACAACUACGAGUUCGACGAGGACGAGGAGUGCAGCGAGGACAGCGGCGCUGAGGAGGACGAGGACGAGCCCGACGACGAGGACGAGCCCGACCUGGACCUGGGCGAGGUGGAGCUGGUCGAGCCCGGCCUGGGAGGGGAGCGGGACGGCCUCCUGGGCGGAGAGACCGGCGGCGGCGGCGGCGGAGGAGGAGGCCUGGGGCCCGGAGGAGGAGGCCUGGGCGGCAGCGGCCUAGGCGGGCCUGGGCCCGGCGGCGGCGGCGGCCUGGGCCACGACCAGGAGGAGGACUACCGCUACGAGGUCCUCACCGCCGAGCAGAUCCUGCAGCACAUGGUGGAGUGCAUCCGGGAGGUCAACGAGGUCAUCCAGAAUCCAGCAACUAUCACCAGGAUACUCCUUAGUCAUUUCAACUGGGAUAAAGAAAAGCUGAUGGAGAGGUACUUUGAUGGCAACCUGGAGAAGCUGUUUGCGGAAUGUCAUGUAAUUAAUCCUAGUAAAAAGUCUCGAACACGUCAGAUGAACACCAGGUCAUCUGCACAGGAUAUGCCUUGCCAGAUAUGCUAUCUGAAUUACCCGAACUCGUAUUUCACUGGCUUAGAGUGCGGACACAAGUUUUGUAUGCAGUGCUGGAGUGAGUAUUUAACUACCAAAAUAAUGGAGGAAGGCAUGGGACAGACAAUUUCAUGCCCUGCUCAUGGCUGUGAUAUCUUGGUGGAUGACAAUACUGUUAUGCGCCUGAUCACAGACUCAAAAGUUAAAUUAAAGUACCAGCAUUUAAUAACUAAUAGUUUUGUAGAGUGCAAUCGACUGUUAAAAUGGUGUCCUGCCCCGGACUGCCACCAUGUUGUAAAAGUGCAGUACCCUGAUGCGAAGCCCGUUCGCUGUAAAUGUGGCCGUCAGUUUUGCUUUAACUGUGGUGAAAACUGGCACGAUCCUGUUAAGUGUAAGUGGUUAAAGAAGUGGAUUAAGAAGUGUGACGACGACAGCGAAACUUCUAACUGGAUUGCAGCGAACACAAAGGAAUGCCCCAAAUGCCAUGUGACCAUAGAGAAGGAUGGCGGCUGUAAUCACAUGGUCUGUCGGAACCAGAAUUGUAAAGCAGAGUUCUGCUGGGUGUGUCUUGGCCCUUGGGAGCCGCAUGGGUCUGCCUGGUACAACUGUAAUCGCUACAAUGAGGAUGAUGCAAAGGCAGCCAGAGAUGCACAAGAGCGAUCCAGAGCGGCCCUGCAGAGGUACCUCUUCUACUGCAACCGUUACAUGAACCACAUGCAGAGCCUGCGCUUCGAGCACAAGCUCUACGCCCAGGUGAAGCAGAAGAUGGAGGAGAUGCAGCAGCACAACAUGUCGUGGAUCGAGGUCCAGUUCCUGAAGAAAGCAGUCGACGUCCUCUGCCAGUGCCGUGCCACACUCAUGUACACAUACGUCUUUGCCUUCUACCUCAAAAAGAAUAAUCAGUCCAUUAUCUUCGAGAAUAAUCAAGCCGAUUUGGAAAACGCUACCGAGGUCCUUUCUGGGUAUCUGGAACGAGAUAUAUCCCAAGAUUCACUGCAAGACAUAAAGCAGAAAGUACAAGAUAAGUACAGAUACUGCGAGAGCCGACGAAGGGUUUUGUUGCAGCACGUGCAUGAAGGCUACGAGAAGGACCUGUGGGAGUAUAUCGAGGACUGAGGCCGGCCUGCAUAAAGCAAAACAAAAAAAAAACC